AUGUCUCCGCGACGUGCUGACGUGCCGAGGUCUGCUGGAGAAGCAGAUCUGGGCGUGAACCAGUCUGCUGGAGAAGCAGAGCUGGGCGUGAACCAGUCUGCUGGAGAAGCAGAGCUGGGCGUGAACCAGUCUGCUGGAGGAGCAGAUCUGGGCGUGAACCAGUCUGCUGGAGAAGCAGAUCUGGGCGUAAACCAGUCUGCUGGAGGAGCAGAGCUGGGCGUGAACCAGUCUGCUGGAGGAGCAGAGCUGGGCGUGAACCAGUCUGCUGGAGGAGCAGAGCUGGGCGUGAACCAGUCUGCUGGAGAAGCAGAUCUGGGCGUGAACCAGUCUGCUGGAGAAGCAGAUCUGGGCGUGAACCAGUCUGCUGGAGAAGCAGAUCUGGGCGUGAACCAGUCUGCUGGAGAAGCAGAUCUGGGCGUGAACCAGUCUGCUGGAGAAGCAGAUCUGGGCGUGAACCAGUCUGCUGGAGAAGCAGAGUUGAGCAUGAACCAGUCUGCUGGAGAAGCAGAGUUAAGCAUGAACCAGUAUGCUGGAGAAGCAGAUCUGGGCGUGAACCAGUCUGCUGGAGAAGCAGAGUUGAGCAUGAACCAGUCUGCUGGAGAAGCAGAGUUGAGCAUGAACCAGUCUGCUGGAGAAGCAGAGUUGAGCAUGAACCAGUCUGCUGGAGAAGCAGAGCUGGGCGUGAACCAGUCUGCUGGAGAAGCAGAUCUGGGCGUGAACCAGUCUGCUGGAGAAGCAGAGUUGAGCAAGAACCAGUCUGCUGGAGAAGCAGAUCUGGGCGUGAACCAGUCUGCUGGAGAAGCAGAGUUGAGCAAGAACCAGUCUGCUGGAGAAGCAAAGUUGAGCAUGAACCAGUCUGCUGGAGAAGCAGAUCUGGGCGUGAACCAGUCUGCUGGACAAGCAGAUCUGAGCGUGAACCAGUCUGCUGGAGAAGCAGAUCUGGGCGUGAACCAGUCUGCUGGAGAAGCAGAGUUGAGCAUGAACCAGUCUGCUGGAGAAGCAGAGUUGAGCAUGAACCAGUCUGCUGGAGAAGCAGAGCUGGGCGUGAACCAGUCUGCUGGAGGAGCAGAUCUGGGCGUGAACCAGUCUGCUGGAGAAGCAGACUUGAGCAUGAACCAGUCUGCUGGAGAAGCAGAGCUGGGCGUGAACCAGUCUGCUGGAGGAGCAGAUCUGGGCGUGAACCAGUCUGCUGGAGAAGCAGAUCUGGGCGUGAACCAGUCUGCUGGGCGUGAACCAGUCUGCUGGGCGUGA